GACUUAUCUUCUCGCUUAAGCAUGCUGUGAGACGGAAGGGGGACAGAGAUUGGCAGAUAUGAAUGACUGCUGAUGUGGGGUUGCUGAUCUACGACAGGGCUGAAUAUAUAGCUCUAUUGAGUCGAUUAGGCUGGCUUUAGUUGAAAAGCUCAAGCUAUUACCGUUCCCUAACAUCUUAUACAAAUAUUCAUUUCUUGCUCUAUCCUUCGUUGUUGUCAAAAUACCAUCUUGCCACCAUCACUUCUCUAGCCGUUGCUGCGAUCUAUAGUUUUGGAACCAUGGAUCAGACUGCCCCUCCUCCAUAUAGCGAAACCGAUAUCUUCUCAAAUACCAAUACUACGAUCCCAACACCCACAACGACAGAAGCAGAUGAUGCAUCUAGAGUGAAUGGAAGAGCCCGGUCAGAUUCAUCAUCAACUGAUAAUUCGUUGAUAUAUACUCCUCCUUACUCGCCAACUGAGCCUGAUGAUCAACACUCGGAAAACGAUCGCAAAAAUCUCUCCCCUCACAACUACUUCGAGUCACGACCAUUACCGCCGCAAUAUUCGGCUCCAAGAACUACUCAACAUGAAAUUUGUGUUACGCCAAGAAGCACACCGGUUGAUAUCCCCAUCCCAUCUUCCGCAUCAGACUAUGGCAUUACACAGCAAGAUUGGUCAACCUUUGUAAACUACUUGCUACCUGACCACACCCUCAAUGUCAACAACGAUGUUGCAGACCGCAAGCUCAAAGCUGAAUUAAUUGACGAGCGUAUGCAUAGGCUUACGCUCGGUGAACAUGAUUAUUCUAGACUCGAUAUGAAUGAAGUUCAAGCACAGCUUCGUCCGCUUCGUCACCCCGUCACUGCAUCCAAUACGGAUUGGAUAAGACAAGUAGAUGAAGUGAUCCAAACCUGGAACUUGGGAUUCUUUCUUCCUCGUGGACUGGAGAUUAUUCGCAUUGAUUUGGAACAGCCCGAGUUGUUUCGGGAAAGAGAUAGUAGCAUGCCUGGCUCUUGGAUACCGGAUGAAGAAGAGUCACGCUUUCCCGAGCGAAAUCGAAGUCGGAGAGGCUUUUUGGGUUGUUGUUCUCCGUGUGGUCAAGGGGUUCGGGGGUUUAGAUUAGGCUCUAUGGUUGCGGAUGAUGAGGGAUUCCGAAUUGGAAGGAAUGGUAUUGUGGCCGACUCGAACGGACUGCGUAUUGGUAAUAUGUUUGUUGCUGAUGAUAAGGGAUUACGAGUUGGUGGUAAUCGAGGGAUUGUAGCUGAUGAGCAUGGGGUUAGUAUUGGAGGUCAUAGAUUUGGAGGGAGGGGGAGAGGAGGUAUGCAUGCGCCGGGGAUCAAUCGAGGAUGGGAACAAGAGCCAGAAGGGUGGCAUGGGAGGAACGGAUGGGGAAGAGGAAGAGGUGGUCCAAACACGCAGGAUCACCACAGAGGAAGGCACGAGCCUGAAGAGUAUCACCGCGGACGCUCACAAUUCUAUCACGAUCUCCAAGGAGGAAAACAGAGAGAUCAUUCCUCCUCAUCUUCCUCAUCCUCAUCCAGCUCCUCCAGUUCUUCCUCCUCUAUAUCCCUCGUUUCCCUCCCCUCCCUCGACCAGCUCCCCGACGACCAACUUCCCGCCGCCAAAGAAUCCCUACUAGAAUGGCUCCACCACCCCGAAUACCCCAUGACGAAACAAACAAGUCAGAAAACAAAACACGACAUCCAACCCGCGAAGAACAAGGACAAGAACAAGAACAAGAAAAAUCCCGAUCCCAACAUCGCCAACUCCGCAUCUCGCCAAGAUCUCGCCAACCUCCGCAAAGAAGUCGCAGAUCUCCUCCGAAAAUUCAACGACGAGCAGAAAUCUCAAAAAACCAUCCGCAAGAUUCUACGCAAAGAACAGCGGGGGUUAAAGAAAGCGCAUCGGAAAGAACGAAAAAACACACGGAAAGCAGAGCGAAAGGGCGCGAAAAGAGAUAAGAAAGAGAGGAAGAAGAUGGAGAAGAAAUGUAACAAGAGAGAUUUUCCACACAUUCUACCCUCGGCACCUACACCCACUUAUCCCAACAUCCCCGAGAUACCAAACGCGAGAUUUCCUCCGCUUCCCCAUUUUCCCGUCCCUACAUUCCACGCCCCGUUUCCCGGGGCACAGAAUCCUAACAUGGCUACUAUGUACGAAGGAACAUGGCCGUUUCUCUCUUCUCCUUCCCCUCCUCCUCCCCCUCACCACUCCCCUCCCAUUCCACCUCAAAUCCCCAGAUCCUGUAUCCCUCUCCCCCCUCCCCCUCCCUCGCCCUACGCGCAAAAUUCCUCACAAAUCCACGCGCAAGCUUCAUCUCUCCUAGCUAGCGCGACAGCCAAGGAAAUCGAAGCUCGCACUCUGGGGAUCGCGUUGGAGAGCGGGUAUUCGAAUGAGUGGGGGAGAAAUGGGGAUGGAGUGGAGAGAGAGAUGAAGAAGCGAGAAGUGGAGAGGCUAUUGGAGGAAUCGGGGGAGUUGAGGAGGGAGGGGGAGAAGUUGGUGGCGGAGGCGACGCAGAUGGAUGAGGAGUUUGCGAGGGAGAUUCAGGAGCGGGAACGGGAGGGGGAGGGGGAGGCGUGGGCAGGGUGGCUUGGAAGUAAUGCGGGUCAGAGGAGUGGGAUUUUUGGGAGGGGAAGAUGAAUGAAUCUAUUGAUAAUGGGGUAUCUGUUCUAUUCCGUCUAAGCGUUAUUGGGUAUGAAUCUACAAUCUGCGCUGAAUGUUCCGAGGAUUAAAUUGAUAAGUUCGGACAAAUGUAUUCCAAUUUUUAACCCAUAGCAUGCCCUAAGAGGUGAUCAUCUGAAGCCUAACAAUGUUCCAUCUAUCAAUCAGCCAUAAACACGAAUGCAUAUCUUUAAGCGAUGGUAGUGA